CGGUCUGGGCGAGCGUUAGGCCGCCGGUUUAUCGUGCCGCAUCCCCGUGAGGGCAGGGAAGAAGCGACUGAAAACCCUCGAUUCGGGUUCGCCGGAGCGUUCUUUCGGCGGCCGCUGAGCUUUUGUUUCCGUUUGCGCAGCUCCCGAGCGCCCCCACCGAGCUUUGUCUUCUCGCGGCCCCUGUGGGGAAAGCCGCGGCCAAGAUGGACCCCUGUCACACUGAGGAGACCGAGGGCGAGAUCCCCGGCUUGGGCUUCAGUGACCGAAGCGAGCAGAUUGUUUCACGUGGGGUAGCAUCAGCAUUUGAAGCUGCAACCACUGAAGCCGAGACAGAGCCAAGCCUCACCCCCAAUGUGAUGCUGAACACGGAGAGCAGCGAAGGAUAUGUGGUGAAGGUCAGGGGGCUGCCUUGGUCCUGCUCCACUGAGGAGGUGCAGAGGUUUUUCUCUGAUUGCAAGAUUCUGAAUGGGGCUUUGGGAAUCCGUUUCAUCUACACCAGGGAGGGCAGACCAAGUGGAGAAGCAUUUGCUGAACUUGAAUCAGAGGAGGAUGUGAAAUUGGCUCUUAAAAAAGACAGAGAAACAAUGGGACACAGAUAUGUUGAAGUUUUCAAGUCAAACAACGUUGAAAUGGAUUGGGUUCUGAAGCAUACUGGUCCCAACAGCCCUGAUACAGCUAAUGAUGGUUUUGUACGUCUUAGAGGACUCCCAUUUGGCUGUAGUAAAGAAGAAAUUGUACAAUUUUUUUCAGGGUUGGAAAUCGUGCCAAAUGGGAUAACAUUGCCGGUGGACUUCCAGGGGAGGAGUACGGGGGAGGCCUUCGUGCAGUUUGCUUCACAGGAAAUAGCUGAAAAGGCUCUAAAGAAACACAAGGAAAGAAUAGGGCACAGGUACAUUGAGAUCUUCAAGAGUAGUCGAGCAGAGGUGCGCACUCACUACGACCCUCCCCGCAAGCUGCUGGCAAUGCAGAGACCUGGUCCUUAUGACAGACCUGGUCUCACACGUGGAUAUAACAGUCUUGGUAGAGGAAGUAGCUUGGAAAGGAUGAGGCGUGGAGCCUACGGAGGAGGUUAUGGAGGUUAUGAUGACUACAAUGGGUAUAAUGAUGGCUAUGGUUUUGGUUCUGAUAGAUUUGGAAGAGAAUGGACUCUCUUCUCUGCAGGGAUGUCGGACCACAGAUACGGCGACGGGACGUCCACCUUCCAGAGCACGACUGGCCACUGUGUCCACAUGAGAGGGCUGCCCUACAGAGCUACGGAGAACGACAUCUAUAACUUCUUCUCACCUCUGAACCCCGUAAGAGUACACAUUGAAAUCGGACCAGACGGCAGAGUAACUGGAGAGGCAGAUGUGGAGUUUGCUACUCAUGAGGAUGCAGUGGCUGCGAUGUCCAAAGACAAGGCAAAUAUGCAACACAGAUACGUAGAACUCUUCUUGAAUUCUACAGCAGGAGGAAGUGGUGGUGCUUAUGGCACUCAGAUGAUGGGCGCAAUGGUCAAGGAAUCGGAAGGGGUAGUCCAAGAUUGGAAUACUAGCACAUUGGCAGGAAGCCAAUCCAAUUAUGGUGGCCCAGCCAACCAGCAGCUGAGCGGUGGUUACGGAGGAGGAUACGGCGGGCAGAGCAGCGUGGGUGGCUAUGACCCCGGGAGCCAGGGCGCCAUGAACAGCAGUUACUACAGCAGCGGGAAUCGCACGUCCAUGGGAGUGAACGGCAUGGGCGGCAUGUCCAACAUGCCCAACAUGAGUGGUGGCUGGGGAAUGUAACCGAGCGCUGACUUUUGGUCACAUCCUUUUUUUAAAAAACAAAAAAACAAAAAACUAAGUUUAACAGUUUUGCAAUACGAGCUUGUGAUUUCUGCUUGACUGUCAGUGAACCCACGAUUGGUCUUUUAAAAACCCUUCAGGUUCAGUAUUUUUGAACAUACCGAAAUCAAACCAUUCACCUAGGAUGUAAUAACCGAGUUGAGUAAAAGACUAUAACUGUUAAACAACUUCAGGCGUUUCUCAAGUUAGUUUUGUUGUAGGAGUGUAUUUAAGCAGUAAUAAGCAUAUUUAGGUUAAAGCUGUUUGAAUUACGUUAAAUGUUGCUCUUAUACCAUAUUACAUCCGACACUGUUUUGAAUACGUGUGGAAGGAGAUGCUUCUUUUUGUAAAGAACUGAUGCUAUAGGAGCUGUGUCUGAAAUUCAAAGUGAACAUUUGGCAUGUUAGUUCUAGUUUCUUUCUUUUAAUACCCUGUAAGGCAUGUUAAAGCUUCUUUAUUUUGGAUUUUUUUUAAGUUAAUGGGGAAACAUGUUGAGACGCAAUACGGCUACUUUAGGAUUUGGGUCUUGGUGUUCGUAUACAAUUCUGAGGCCUUGAUUUAAUCUUUUCAUUGUAUUGUGAUUUCCUUUUUAGGUGUAUUGCGCUAAGUGAAACUUGUUAAAUAAAUCUUCCUUUUAAAAACUGGAA